UCGCAAACUCACACGGCUCCAACCUUUAUCUCUCACCUUCCCCGCACCGCCGCGCUAAUUAAUAAUAUCCCCUUCGUCUUCCCCUUCCACCUCCUCAGCCAUGGCGGCGCCGAGCUGGAUCCGGCCGCCGCGAGCAGCCGUCUUCCUGCUACUGCUCCUCACCUUCCACCUCUCCCUCUCCCUCGCAGCCAACUUCGAGGGCUUCGACUCCGACGACCUCCCCUCGGCCGCCGCCGGCCUCGACGCCGACGAUGACGAGGAGGGGCUCGAUGACCUCCCGCCGCCUCCGCCCAUCUCCCUCUCCACCUCCGCCCCGUCUCCUCCCAUCACGACGACAUCCACACCGAACCCUAGCCCCGCCACGUCCGCGCCUCCGAACCCCACCCCCGCGCUCGAUCUCUGGGACGAGGACGAGUUCGAGGGCAUCCCCGUGCCGGAAGCGGUUUCCUCUGACGAGACCUCGGCGCCGGCAGAGGCCGCCCCGUCAGAUCCCUCCACGGAGGCGGCGGCCGAGGCGGCGCCGGGCCCGAAGAGGCGGCCCGCGGAGCUCCUCCGCGCGUUCUCCGUCGAGAUCGCCUGCGUCAGCUUCCUGAUCUGCUUCGUGCUCAACUACUUCACGGGGAAGCGGCAGAACGAGGCGAUCGCGCUCGCCUGGGCCACCAAGUUCGCCACCAGGGACUCCAUCUUCGACAAGAACUUCAGCCUGCUCGGCACCGGCGACGGCAAGGACACGCCGCUCCUGCUCAAGGAGGGCCAGGACGUGUUCAAGUUCUAUGCCAGCGGGAGGCGCUUCUGCCAGGGGAUGCUCGCCACCAUGGAGAUGCGCGCGCGGCACGACCUGCUGUCCAAGCUCGUGGAGCUCGUGCUCCCCAGGAAGGACACAAUCACAUUCGAGGUGGUGAUGAACGAAGACGCCAUGGACCACGUGGUGGUGGCCGUGGCCAGGAAGAAGGCAGCCAAAAUGAUGCAGAAGGAGGAGAGGGAUCUGCAAAGGUUUGCAGGAGUCCUCACUUCGGCACCCCCUGGGAGGAAGUGGGUUGCGGAUGAGCUCUCUGUGGUGGCUGAGUCAAAGGAGGUUGCUGGUGAUAUGAUCACUGAGGCAGUGCUGGAUCAGGUUCUUGGUGACAAAGCAUUCGAGAAAAUUGGAAAGUAUUUCAUCUCGCUUCAUUUUUCAGACCAAUUGGCAGGCUCCUACAAGAAGGUCCUCUCGUUCAAGUUUGUACUGCCUGAUGUAAAUAACAUUUCUGAGAUGACAAGAUUAGUUGCUCUCGUGCCAUACUACAUUGAUUUGGUUGGACGUUAUAAGCUUAGCUCGCAUGCUCGCUCGAAAACUGAAGCAGCUAGAACAAAGGCUGCCCAGGAGGCUUUCAGGGAACUUCAGAGUGCCAGGCAGGAGGCCCUGCAAAAGAAAAAGGCUGAAAAGAGGAAACUUUUGGAGGAGGCAGAGGCCAAAUUAAGUGCUGAGGCACUCCGAAAGAAAGAGGAAAAGGAAAGGGCUCGGCAGAUGAAGAAGUCUGGGCCGAAAGUGAAAAUGCUCCGUUCUUAAUAACAUCAAGAAUCUAUCACAGCUUGGCCUCCGCUAUUCACUCGCUGAUGUCUCUACUAGACUCAUUUAUGUUUCCAAUUUUGGGCCAUCAUGUUACCCCGUUAUGAGAAUGAGCAAAAAGAUGGAGAAACGAAUCCUCGCUAGUGAUUAGGCUUUGUCAGGGGGAUUGAAAUGCUGAUCUGUUCAUCCGUUAUUGGAUGCGUAUCAGAAAGAUCACUAGGCUGAGUUGCCCGCGAAAGAUAAAUUACUCUCUCAAAAAAUGGUUAUGCAGCAGCUCUGUUGUAAGAAAACUAGAACUUACAUGAUUCGCUGUGUAGUAUAUUGAUAAAGUUAUGAUCUGAAAUUCUAUCUUCGAAUUAUAUGCUUUGAUAUUUGAGCAAA